GCGGACGACGACGCGGUUGUUGUCUGUCACCGUCAGUUCCUCUCCCUCGUCUCACCGCGUAGGUACAUCGAGAGCAAUCCUGUUCGAAGCACUUUUAAGGCUCGGGUGCUACGCCGCCAACGAAUGUUGGGCAAGGACGAAAACGCGGCUAGUAGUUUGGUCCCAUUCCGCUUCCAAAUCGUCGUGAGCGACCAGGCGUCCGCUUUGAGGAGCGGGCGCUUUUUUUGUUCUUCACAUUCACACACACACACACACACCCUUCUUGCUGCUCUAAAUUCGCACACACCAAUACAUGGGCAGCAGCAUCUUUGACUUCAGUCUGAUGUUACUACGAUCGUCCAACAACGAAUGUGUUUCGAUACAGUGUGUUUUCAUUCUCUGCGUGUGUGUUAGUGUUGGUAGUUUUGUUUUAUUUUUUUUUUAUUUUUUCUCCCACCCCUUUCAGCUGGGCCGUUCGUUUGUGCGAAGAAAGGAUGUAAAAGCGAUUACUCUAAUACUACUAACACGCCACUUUUAUCUAUUCCCGUUUACAGACCAGUCCGAACCGAUACGCGUGUCCGCGGUGAGAGUGUAACUGGUGUGGAGAGCGAAAGCUUGCUCCCAAAAAAAUCAUAGGAUCAAGAGAAACCACUGUGUGAGAGUAAAAAUCAAGCACAUCAAAUAAGUGAGAGAGAGAGCGAGUGCCAGUGAGUGUGUGUGUGCGUGCUCCGAUAAAUACACCUACGCCCCACGGUUUCCCUAUGUCAAUCGUAACGUAUCUGACGGUCUGCGAGACCGUGUGCGCUAGUGUGGGUUAGUCGUGUUCACCAGCGGGCCUUGGAUAUCGUCCCCGUCUCGAAACGAUCGCCUCAAACGCAGGGAGGAAGAAGGUUAGGAGGGGUGAGUGUGUGUGCGGGUGUGCAAAACAGCAGGCGCCGUCCUUUCCAACGUUGGCGGAGAAGAAGUUCGCAGGCUAGAGGGAACAACGGAAAAAUCAGUGCCAUCGUUUCGUGCUUCGAGGAAAAGCUGUGUGUGCGUGUGUGUUCGUGUGCGUUUGUGUGUGUCGGGGCACUGGUGGAGCCAUUCGUGUAAUUCGUGCAUUUAGAUCAAGUGGCGUCGGUGUGUGGGUGUGUUUGUCCGUGUGUUUAAAAAAGGCGAUUGAUAUUUCUAAAUCAGUGGUGCACGACCGACCGUCGAUGUCACUGUGAAGGAGAUGAGUUAAGCCAAAUCCCGACAAGUGACAGAGCGAGACGGUUCGUUUUGAUUUUGUGGCCUUCGUCCGGGGUCCGGAGUGCACGUGCCCGGAGUGCGAGAGGGUUGGGUGAGGGUGUCAGUGUGGGCAUCCGGUCCAGAUCUCGCCCACGGCAGCGCCAGCAGUGCAUAUAGGAAGCGUUUCGGGCAAGGGCAAGCAAACAAAGGACAUUACAACGGCAGCAGCAGCAGCUGCCAUCAUCUCUCCCUCGAGCAACGGGGCCACGACCACCGAGACCAAUACGGCUUGUCCUUGAGGGGGAUGUUGUGGAUCGUAGGUAUACUACUUCCACUGGCAGCAGCAGCAGCAGCGGGUGUACUAGCGGAUGCCGACGCAGCAGCAGCAGCACCCUCCUCACCAUCGUCCUUGAGCACCUCCGAGACAUCAUCACCGUCGUCGUCGUCGCCGUCGUCGCUGCUGGCCACCGGCGGACGAAGAGCCGGCGCAGUCCGAACAGCAACCGUCGGUGCCUGGUGCACCAUCACCCAGCAGCCCACGUACCUUCACACCCGGCCCGUACCACCGUCCGACCCGUCCGCCCGUACCCGUGUAUGCCGGUGCGACCAUGAGGAGCGAUAGUUCGGAACUGCUGCUCGAGCAACAGGCCGAAGAGCUACGGAAGAAGAAGCUGCUCGAGCUAGCGGCGGCCAAGAAGGCCAAGAACGGACCGCCACCGAAGCGAUCGCUGCGCGAAAAUGCCUCCUUCUACACGACGUCCAGCCUUGCCUUUCUGUCGGUGACGGCCGGCGCCUCGCUACUGUUUCUCGUGCCGCUUUACGUGGAUCCCGCCAUCUCGACGCUGGUCGGCGACUUUGUCGAGCGGCCGACGAUGUGCGUGACGACGCGGCGCGAGGACAUGACCGGGCUGUUUAACUGCUCGUGGAGCUCGUGCCGCGAGGGCUGCACCUCGGACGUGUUCAAGUGCACGCACAUCUACGUGACGUUCAUAGACGAUCUGAACUUUACCUUCCCGUUCAACGCGACACCGGCGGAGCUGUUCAAUCUGACCGACAUCGAACGGUCCGAGGAAGCGAUCCUGCUGGUCAACAUCAAGGGCUGUGGGUAUCCGCCCACCGUCAAGUGCAAGAACUUCACCGACCUGUACGGGUUCGAGGGGGCCGUCUUUCCCUGCUACUACUCCAAGCAGAACAAGACGGUCGUGAUGACGGCGUACAACCGGGAGGACCAGGUCAACACGAUCAUCCACUUCUUCGUGGUGCCGUUCAUCGUGACCGUCGUGUCGUCGGUGUUUCUCUGCAUUAUGCACUGUGAUUGUAGGUGUAAGAAGGAACGCCGGCGGCACCGUCACCGGCAUCGCCGGCCUAGGAUAGAGAAUCUCAGUGAUUCAUCAAUAUCGACACGAGUGGACAUGCUGACACCGGCGAUCGAAGUGUACAAGCCACCACUCUGACACAAGGAUGACACCCUCGAGAGCAACCUCGGCAACCCGUCGACCAGUAGCGACCUAUGACGAGGUAUCCUGCCGUGUCCGCCACCAUGCCACGACGUUCCACACCGUUCCCUCCGAUCGCGCCACCGGUCCCCCGGCCGGCUGGCCGUUCUCACCAUACUCGCCGGAACCGUCGUCACGCCCAUCCCAUCCCACACGCUCUCACCGUGGUCGUUGCUGUCGCCGCUGUUUCUGCUGUUCACUGCUGGGUGCUUUGCUUCCGGUUCCUGGUUCCGCAACCCGUACCAUUGCCCACUCUUUGUAUACGAUCUCAUCGUUAACGUCAGUCACGAUCGGCGCGGAUCAUAGCGUUGGCUUUCGUGGUGAAGUGGGAUGGUAGCCUCCACAGGUAGGUAAAGGUCGGGAUGUUUGCCACACGGAAAACAGGAAGUUUUACUGCUUUGACCAACAUUUUCGGAGUUAGGGAAGGAAGGAUUGAAAUCAUCGCUGGACGAUGCUAUGGGUGCUCGUGGUGGCACCCAACCUAAGCUGUACAUAGUGGUUAAAACAUACGUUCCCGAGCCGUGGUACUGUUGCGUUUCAGGCUCUGGCCACGUCCAUACCAGGCGCAAAAGCAAAAAGCGAAUCGAAUGGUGUUGAAAGCAUAGUAAGAAUGAAAAAAAAAUGAACAACUCACACACUGGACCGGUGCUACAAGAUUGUGUCCUUCUGCUGGAGAAGGAUGUUUUUCUUUUCUUCUCUCGGUUAAAAUAAUUCCGCCAAGAAAGCGUGACCUUUUCCCAUUCCCUUUUGCUGACGGGUUGACCGAUCACGAACAUCCCUUAAACGUCACCAAGCGCUAGAAAUAGAAUAGAGUAGCAAUAGUAGAGUUAAAGGUUCCGGAGCUAGCGGGAGCGGAUGGAUAGUUUGUUUGUUUGACCCACUUCAUCGUGGGGCCGAAUCUUUUUCGUCCAAUUUUUUUCGCAUUUUGUUCGGUUGGAUAAUUUGCAGCCAAAACCCGUCGUCCGGCAACGGUGCCCAACAUCGUUUCGCACAUAUAUUGGACGGUAUGGCACUUUAGAUAGGCUGAUAAGUAUCCGCAAACGGCACAAAUCGUGCAGACCGUAUGGCCAACGUCAACAGCGCUACAAAGUGAAUAAAGGUACGGCAAGGAGGUGGACGGAAAGGAAGGAAUGGGGUGAAAAGAAGGAAGACUUAAAAAACAAAACACACACACACAUAAACGAACACCCGUUCGGCCAGUUUCGGGCAGGACGUGAGAAAAUGGACGUACACACAUAAAAAAGCACGGUCACACCAAUACUCAGGCAAUGAGCUUUUCGGCCAAAGAAAGGUUGCGAAAUUGUGCUACAGUUUUGUUUUGUUAUUUUGUAACCCUUCCCAAGAUCGCACACUCCGUUCGAAAUGCCUUUUAAACCUCUCGUACCGUUUUUAUGGGAUGGGGCAAAAGGGUCUGAGCAAGCUUGUUGUACGAUCAGCAAACGACCACUACGUGAGCCAGUAGCAGUAGCAGCAGCAGCAGCAGUCAUUUGCAAGCUCGUUUACAUCGCCAUACGCAUCAAACACCAUCAGCAGCAUCAGGCUUAGGAAGAAAGACCAAACAAAAAACUAGUAAACUGACCGCCCCAUAAAAAGGCGGCUAAACGAUCGGUUAUGGUAAGACGCGACCUAUCACACACACACACACACAAAACUCGGUGGUGGCUUUAAGGUGGCGAUUGUAACGCGUGGCAAGAACACAGAGCAAGGCGUGAGGCGAAACAAUCUCUUUAGGGUGUCAAAUUAACGAACAAAGUAAACAAACAAACAAAACGAAAAUCAAACCAAAAACUAAUAUAAACUCAACCCCAAGUAGAACAAGCAACGUACGUAAGCAACAGCAAACAAAAAAUACAAAUUAACAAGCAAACAGAUAGCAAAAAGAAAACCCAGCAUCAUCACAACACACCGGUCAGAGUCGAAAACUAAAUAGUGUGUGUGUGCGUAAAAGCCCUUUAGCCUUUGUUUUCGAAACAAAAACUAGAAGAAAGCAAAGAAAAAAACUUCGAAAAACAAGAAGAAUGUAAGGGGUAACAAUACGUUUAGGGCGACAAACAGACAUAGCGUUUAAGAUUAAGUAAGCAAACAAUUAGCUAAGAGAGUAGUUAAUGAUAGAAAGCAAAAGAAAGAGAAAGAGAGAGAUUAAAAAAAAACCACGAACCGAUAGCAUGUAAGUAGGUGGUAGUAGGUCGAUGUAAAAGUUUAACUAACAAGCAUGUAAGAGCAUUGUUAAAAAAGAUUAUCUAGGUUGAAUGCGGGAUGAAGUUUGGUAGGAAAAAAAACAAUGUCACCCUCAAAGAAAACUCAAGAAUCUUUGCUUUUUUGCAUCAAGCUUUCGGUAUGCUUUCUUUAAUGUUUUAUUAAUUUUUCAUAAUUAGUAAUUCCUUAAUACCUAUUUUUCGUUUUCCGUUACUGUUUGCCUCUCAUUUAUUAAGGUUCAAUAAGGUCACAUCUCACUUAGGUGAGCGCUCGAGCUAGCUCAGUAGCUCAGUAACACAAUGCUAGUAGCUCAGCAGACAGAUGAUACGCUUCAAAUGACAAGGUUUGUGUGGCGCAGAUGGCUUUAAGGAUAGCAAAUCCUUUGAAAUUAAGCAAUAAUAAUCACUCGAGUUGAUGAGGAUGCGCUAAACAUUGCUCAAUCUUCUAGCUUUAUCCAAAUGUCAAGCGCGACACUUUAAAAGCAAUGCGUAUAACACAUUCGAGAAUAAGUUCUUUGAACAGCUACCACCUCAUUGGCAGUAAUGUCGGUGUUGACAUUAAGUCACAGUCAUUGAUGAAGAUGUUGAGAAUAUUGAAGCGUAAACAGUACGGAUGAGAAAGCAUGAGAAUACCUUUCCAACAUUGUGUAGGUUGGCGUUCGCUCCCUAACUUCUCACAAGCAAGAUUCGGAUGAAGCGCUCGGCGAAUGGUUCAUUAUUUUCAGCAGUUGCGGUGUGUACUAUCAUGCCCUGGAUCGAUCGAUCGGCCGGUAAGCCUCGCCUCGCUCUCGGUGGCAUUUGGUAAGGUCAAUGAACUGAAUCAACAUUAAAGAUUCAAUAGUACCGUAAGCGGGCGACCGUUGCGUAAAUAACCAUGCAGGCUGAUUAAUAACUAUUUUAUCUAGCUUGCUGGUUGUUGAUCUCAAUUAUCCUAAUGCCUUUUUGGUAUUAUUCGUGAGAUGAAAAAUGAAGCUUUGUAAUGCAAUUGUUGGUUUAAAGACAACUGUUUUGUCAGUUACUCAGCUUCUCAACUCUUCGUGGCUCACGGGGCCCGUUACGUUUGAUUUAUCCCUUCAACAUCAAUUUUGUGGCCUCUCUUUGGUGGUUAGAUGAUAAACGUACCUUCGUUCCCCGGCUCAGUCCAGAAGAACGUUGCUUUGUUAUGAUUUUCCAACCAGAUAAUAGGCAAACCGCUCUAAAGGAAGCAUCAGAUAUAAUUGCUUAUCGCACCAUCAGCCCUGACGAUGAUAGCUGACAAGCGGAGCAAAUUGUAAUGGAAGGACAACAAUUCAUUUGUGGCGACCAUUGUUUAACCCACAGUUCCGUUUAGCGUUUCGAUGUUUCGUGAAUUGGCUUCGAGCUGAAGCGAGAUUGUGCCUCUUUAUUAUGGGUUGAAUGAUUUUGAAUAACUUUGUUUAUUAACUUAACAUAUUUAAUGCUCUAAUUACUCUCUUCUUCACUUUGCCUUCCAACAUGCUGUUCCUACUCGUCCAACACGAAAAAUGUUUGCGUGUUAGUUGGGGAAAAAAUUGCGUUUACAAAGCAUAAAAAUACAUUCCUUAAUAGCUCUACUGAGGGUACUACGUAUGAUUUCACAUUUUAUGCGUUGGAGCAUGGACAUCCGUGGGUCUCCUAGCCCCAUUGCCCGACCACUCCGAACGGAACGGUCGUGACGUGACGGUGAGUUUAUUUGCCCCCCGAGAGAACCGUACCGUCGCACGUCUGUCUGUUUGUCUGUCUGUCUUCCCCCCGUUCAGUUCCGGAUGGGGCAAAAAUCGUUGCCAUUUUAAAUCAGUUUAAAAAUAAUUUUCAACUGUCACUUUGGGACGUACGAUCAAAACCUUACGCAAUCUGUCCGCUUAUCGGCAAGCCUUUUUGGCAAACGCAACGGUGAAUGUAACUAUUAUUUUUAAUUGCUCUCCUGAGAAGCCACGGCAAGCAUAUCCAUCCAUCCAUCCGUGCUGUUCUUUCGCACCGAUACUAGCAGGCUGGUGCAAAAUCUGUCAUGCUGACCAUACCUUCUGCCAUGCUUGAAGCAUGUCAAGUAGGCGUAGAAAAGCGCUUUUUUGUGUUUUAAGCUUUUGUUAGUUUAGUUUCCCUGGUUUUGUUUUUCGUUUAGAAAAGCUACAGAACAAAGAAAAGAUAAUUUGUGCAUGACAAUAUACAACACACAAAAAAAAACUAAAACAAAAAAGAAAAUAUCUAGGUGUAUAAAAGCUAAGUAUCAUAAACCCAAUGUAACGCAGAAAGAGAAAACAAAAGGGCGGAGAAUUCAACCGAAAAAGAGAAGAUAGAACAUGGUUAGCGGAAAGAAGAAAAUAUAUACACAUGCUGUCAGUGCUGGUCAAAACUAGCGUUAUUGACAGCUCACGUCAAAACGACACGUUGUUCGACGCGGUGGAGCCACGUGACGCGAUGGAGACGCCUGGUGAUUUGUAAGCAAUAACGUGUAAUUCGGUCGGUUUCGUUUAGUCGUUUGCUUUAGUUUUACUUUUUUUUCGUUAAUUUUUCACAAACUAAAUACUUAAACAUUCCAAUAAUAUUUUUACAGAUUAUACUACAGAGUAACAGCAAAAAAAAAAUCAUGUUAGAAUGUAUCUCCUUCUCAAUGAUCAUCCUUCGAUUUGCUUAGCAAACAACCGAUGCGUACCUUAACCAACGCAAACACAACAACAUGUGUUCAAGGCUAAACGGAAUUAUGUUGCUCUGCCCAGUACCAGCUGCAGUGACUCUAACCGACUUCUAUUAUAGAAUGGUUGUUUAACGAACAAUGGUAGUGGUGCACGAGGCCAGUUUACCAUUAUGAACGCAAAUGCAACCAAGUCUUCGCAAGCUUUGACCGUACCGGUGAGCACACAUUUGUCUUUAAGGCUUCUCUAGAGGUUUCCUGGUCUGAGGCUCCCAGGAAAACCCGGCAACAAUGAUGCAUGAUGAUCCCUCCGCUACGUCAAUCAUGGAUGCCACGUGAAGAGAACUUCCGACAUUGCAUGAAAGUAUUAAGUGAAAAUUUGCAACAAAAAGAGCAGCAGCUCUUUCAUUUGUGCUUCGUGCUCCGUACGGCGUUCGUUGUCAACCGUGUCUAGCCGGGACGCUUUUUCAACAGCAUUUCCCAUUAAAGACUCAACUAGCACACUCACACACGCUGGGAAAAGUCGUUCUCGGCGUGCUCAGCCAACCGGAAGCUAUUUAAAAAGGGCAAACCGCACACGGGUACACACACGGGUCAACUGCACGCAGGGUGGAUGGGAAAAGGAAAGUUCGCAAGUCGAUUCGCCAAGAAGAAACAUCAUUUGGCUCGGGUAACGGGCGGCACAAACAGACCGAAACAAAAAAAGGACCUGCUGGAAAUGUAUGGGAGCCAUUGGGCGUGGUAGCGGUGGUGGUGGUGGUGGUGCUGACUUAAGCCGACAAACAGGCGGCUUGGUUUCUUGCUGGCGAAAAGCCUCUACGACGAUGUCCAUCGGUCUCCGGGCCACAAUCACAACAAGACUGAGGCAAGCAGUUUGGAAAGAAGGGAAAGAAAGAAAACAAAUAAAACCAUCCUGAUUUCCUGUUUUUCUUACAGAAGAAUAUGGUUUGUUUAUGCGAAUGAGUUCCGUUCCACGGAGACGAACCAUCGUCAUCGUGUCUCCAACAGUGGUGCCCGUGUGUGCGUGUGUGUGUCUGGAUGUCCUUUUUUGUGGAAACGCAAUUCCCAUAAAACCCAUUCUAAGCUGGACGGAGAUUCGAGUCGAAUGAACUGUGCCUUCUCAAAAAGUCCAGCCUCAAAAGCGGAACACAAACCCCAUUCGGAUAGUUGAGGAAAUAGGUCAAUCGCGCCACACGAAGCUAACUAAGCUCGGGCUCGUUGUACCGAAAUCCGUUGCAUAUAAAUUCCAUCAUUCUGAGCGUCAUAAUAGAAGGGAGGGGCUUUUGUUCUUCGGUCAGCACUAACGACUCGACUGUCGGGAGCAUUCGGACGGUGGAUUGCCAGUUAGUGGAUUGCGUGUUUGCACUUAGCGUUUGCAGCGUAAAAGUCGCACGACAAUCUCGGUUUAAGUAAUUUUUAACCUUUUUAAACUUUUCCCAAACCAAACGUUCAAAUCCAUCCACCGGUGGGAAUCACCGUAGUGCUGGUGGUCGGUUUGGAAUUGUUUACGAUGAUGGGACAAAGUUUGGUUGGUUGGUUGGCAAAGGUCCUUUGCUUUGCUGUGCCGUUUCGCUUUUAAUUUGAUGACUUCUGCAGUCUCCUUCAGUUGGGCGAGUGGAAUAAAUUAUUCGACCAUCCAAGCUUCAAGCUGGUCAGCUGGUAGUCGGUGGAGCGGCUUAAGGUUUUGAUGGCAGCCAGGUUCGUCAAAAAAGGAUAAACGAUACAGUUGAAAGCUGUUUUGACACGUAUGGCAUUCAUCACAUCCACUUACGGGUGACCUUCGGAGGGGAAAGAAUUGUAUAAACCCAUUUCAUACUAUUUAUCCCCACACGAAGAACAAUCCGUUUUUCCUUCCACAUUUGCUAUAAAGUGAGUGAGUUUCUGAUUUCAUUAAGCCACAAAUGAACAACUUUCAACUCCUAGCCAAAUGUUUUUUUCCCCCUAAUGGACUGGCACGGCCCGGUGGCACCCACUGUUGUCGCUUGGUAGCGACUGUUAUUUGCAGGAAACAGACAUCCCGCACGCCACGCUCAUCCGAUCAGUGUGUUUCGGUGUUUCUGGCCGUGGUGUGGCCGUUUGUCGCUUGCGUGUCUAAAUGUCAACUGUCCAAAAGUUACUUGCUUGUUCUUCCACCGUUCAACCGAUCCAUGGCAGUGGUCAUGCUCAAGGCCUUCGUACACGCCAUCCCCAUGGCAUGGGACCCGGGAUUGGUUUGGAUCAUUUUAAAGCUACCAUCUACGUGUACGAAGUGCUAGCGAACUCGUGCCUUCCCGCAGGUGUGAAAGAACAAACGAUGGGACGCGUACGACCGUUCGGGAUGUUGAACCAACAAAUUAAACCAUUCCACCUGAUCGAACGCGGACAGCUCGCGGUCAUGUUGUUGCAGUCUGGAUUGUUAUUCCGGGAAGUUGAAGGCUGUGUGUGUCGGGAUUGUUAGGGGUGGUAGAAUGCAUGCGCUCGAGCUAGUACAAUCUGGUUAAACUGGUUAGCAUUUCAUUUUCGAAUUUAAUUUCUUUGGACCCAUACUUGGGAAUCUUGGAUUUAACAGGUUAUGUGAAAAAGUAAUUUCUAAAACUUAUUAUUUAAAUUACAAAAAUAGGAUACAAUUUACAUUGGUUUGAAGACAUUUUCUCUCGCAAACCUUUAAAAAGGACGCUCUGUUCAGGGUGAACUCAGACGAUCCGUUGAUUGUUACUUCGGCCUCUAAAUUCGUAGACAUGCCGUUUGCGAGGGUCUGUAUCGGGGGUGCACAUUACAACCUUUCAGUGCUUGGAGGUUUGUCUUCAUCCGAGAAUCGGAUAUUUUAUAAUGUUCCUCCAUGUGCUUCGAGUAUCUUAGCCUUCCUCAAGCCUUCUACACUAUCUGCAGUUGGUUGCAACACGUCCUUGUCUGGACUGUGAUGUCCGACAAUAUCCUCGACCUAGACGGUGAUGAUCGACUGGUAAACAUUCGGAUCUUGCAGGACUCUGAUGUUUCCCUACGUUCAGAAACUAAUAAGUAAUAAAUAAAUUAAUAAAUAAAAAUCCAUUACAACUACGCGCGGACUAGCUUUAUAAUUUUUUUUUGUUCUUAUCACAAAAGGACUUCACGAAAAAACUGAUUUGGUGAUUUAUUGUGUAGAGCAUAAUAGCAUUAUAAGGCAUAAUAGAAAUUGUCAAAAAAUCACUUUUAUCUUGAAAUUUGGCAUCCUAAUGAAACUGAACAUUAUUCAUCUAGUUAACUUUAAACUGCACCGAAAGAACUUCUUUUUAUAAUAUAAAUUUGUCUGCAAUUUAAUUAAAAUCAUUUAAACCCAACCCAAAUAAUUGAUUGAGUUGUAAAUCAUGUUGUAAUGUUUUGGGGUAUUUGGUUAAUAUAAAAAAAAAAUCUAUUCAAUGCAAUAUUCAUCAACUAAAUCAUCAUUUUGUUUAUCUUUUUCUAAAUAAUUAAUUUAGUUUUGUGGUUUUUAUAGUAUUUUCUAUUUGCACUAUUCAAGCUAGUAAUUUUCGAUAGUAAAUUUUUUCUGGUUUUGACUGUUGACUGACAUAUUUUUAAAUAAAAUUUGACAUAUUUUUGGUUACUUUUUAUAAAGAAAAUUGAUUGCAAAAAUUCCUUUUUCUAGUGUGGUUCUAGCACGAUGGAUUGAUCAAUAGAUAGGAAUUUUGAAGAUCAUGUUGUGUUGUCAAAUGAAAGAAAAAAAGGGUUUUGAAGGGAUAUGGUCAGAGGCAACAAUACAUAAGUGUUUGAAUUUAAAGAGUGGCUGGUUAACAAAAGAGGAGGUUUAUUAUUUAUUUUUCUACUUAAUUUGUUAGAACUGCUCGUCUCAAGCACUUGGAGUUAAUUACUAAAUCGUCACACAGAAACUAUCGAAACCAUUUAAUUACUGGUGAAAGUUUGUUUUUAUCAAUUCCAUCUUCAACACUUCACAUUUUUCCACCUUCACAACAGCUUAGAGCUUCGGAUGUCUGAAGAGCCGCCACCUAAUGACGCCAUUUUCGUUUGGACGCACUAUUUUACGAUAUAAUUGAACUGUUUCGAAAGUUAAUUACCAGCAGGGUUAGCAUGCUAACCGAGGAACCAUCAUUUAAUUACCUUUGUGUUACCUUAGCAACAACCCGGUGUCUUUACUUAACGCGACACCAUACUAAUGUUUAAGGCUUAUUAAGCUACGCUACUUGUUAUUUCAAACACACGUCAACACAACCGUAACGCAGGGGACGAUACUUGGAAGAUGUUAAUUGGUGCUUACUGUAGGUAAAAAGGGGUUUAACUAUUGAUAAGCCUGGCAUCGAUGAGCCAGUUCAAAGCGAACGUCGAUACAACUUUCGGGAUAGGUUUAUGGUUGGAGAAUGAUUACUCGACUCGCGUUGAAAUAAUAAUCAUAACCAAAUUGGUGUGUAAUUUCCCCACCCGAAUGCACACACCCUAUUUUUCCCGACUUUGGUUUGUGGCGGAGGGAGGGACGGGACGACUGUUUAUUUGUGCUUGCUCACCAUCGGACGCCCUACGUAACUACGGCUGUAAUUCAGUUUAAUUGGAAGCACCUUUACGCCGUGGUGAUGGUAAUACGAUGGGUGGAGACGAGCUUCGUUCGAAAUUUGUCAAAUGGAUGAAAUUGGUGUGUGUCUCUUUCCCUUUCCUUUUUUUUUUUUUUUGGUCAAUAUCGAACGAAAUGAAAUAUUUAAUCCUUUCUUCGUUUUGGAGCAGUACGGUGCCGAUGGGUGACUCGGCUGACAUCGCAGGGCACGCCCGCUGGUGCUCAAUUAUUAAAGAUCAUGUACCCAUUAGAGAUAUUGAGAGCACACACACAUGCGCUACCGAUGUAAAUCGGUGUGUAUGUUUAACCUUUUUUUCGCAUAGAAGCAAUACGAAGCAGCAGAAGACGCAUAGAAGCAAUACGAAGCAGAAGAGAAAGCGCGAAAGCGAGGUUUGGUUUGAAAAUCUUUCGCUUAAGCGUUUGCUUUCUUUUUUAGAGACAAAAAUAGAACCAACCAAGCAUCAGGUCCCAGCAAUCAAUAACAACACCAAUUUACAGUGUUCCCCAGCCAACCAGCUGGGGAAAGAGUCUUUCGGGGGGUCCUUCACUUACGAAAGCUCACCAUUAUGCACUGCGACCUUCGGCCCGUUAGAUGUGUGUGAGUGGGUGGAUAUGCUUAAGUGGCAUUGAAAGUUUGGUUGAAAUGUUCAAGCCAUGGUUCCUUGACCAUCGAACUGCAAAUCGGUAAUCGAUUGCUGCUGCCAGUUACGCUACUGAAACCGCCUUGCGAGCUGCAACUCACAGCUGCAGCUAUUUUGACAGCAAAAGUAGUAGUAGGUCAGUAUCGUUCCAACCACUGCAACAGCUAACCUCCGGUGACCCGCAUUGACUGACUGUCGAUUUUACUAAGUGCGCUUUCGACCUUUCCGCUUUAGAAGCUACCAUGCGAUAGUAUUCGUAAAUUCAACCGAUAAAAAGGGAACAGCUCCAAUCUCCUGCGCCAAGGCUCACGCUCGCUCUAUUAUUUAACGAUUAUUCGCGCCACCAGCAUUGUCUGCCUUUUUAUUUACAUCGAUUGAUGGGGGGGGGGGGGGGCGGCGACGGAGGGAGAGAGAAAGAGAAGAUGAGACGAAUCCCCAGUUCUGGCCAUCUAUUAUUGGCGUUUAGAAGUAUUUUUGGCACUUCCAUGAAAUCCUGGUGGUCUGGAGCCACGGUCGAGACGCUAGAAAGCGGAUAUGGACACUCAGCGGGCGAUGCUCAACAUCCCUGACAGAACUGCAUAAUUCAAAACUAUCACCCAAUCGCCAACCCGAGAGCUUGCUGGAGUCUUCUCAAAAAGGGCGUAAGAAGUAUUUAAAUUUUUAUACCGAUUAUACACCGAUUCUUUGGUGAGCGUUUAGCCCAAAAGCUCAGAUAAAGAAAAACAAAAAUUCGCAUUGUAUGAGUCAAAAAUAUUUAACACCGUUUCUUGACUUCAAACAAAAAAAAAGGCUAUGGCGUAGGGUGCAAGCAUAAGCUUGCAUAUGUCUGUGUGUGAGUACGACGUUUAUUUAUAUUUAAUAGUGGCUCUAAUUUAAUAUUCACAUUGCGUGCCUAAAGCUUUGGAAGCCAAAAGGGAGGGCAGAGAUAUGGUCAGUCCGUCGUUUAGGACGCACCGUCGACUGGAAGUGACAAACAUCCCCCAAUAACAAUGUGGUCCACCGAAAGGGGGGUGGCGUGAUCCGGGGGUGGGUCGAACAUCGACAUGUUUUCAUUAUUGAUCAGCGAACCGGUCGACUCCAGUUUUGCCCCGCGCUGACGUCAGCGGCAUUGGAGCAACAAACCAAAACGCACACGAAAGAGGAAUCGGACUCAAAUCCGUACAAUCGCUCGUUCUGGACCUUCUGAAGUUCGUCCAAUCAGGUUUGGAGUCAGGCUAGAGCUGUUACAGCCAACUCCAAGAUUGGUUGCUUCCGAGAAACCACAAAAAACGGCCGAACACACUGCAAACAUCAGUUUGAUGGAACUUUAAGACUGUGCGUUUUCUAAAGAGUGUCAAACAAACGUAUUUAUUACUGCUGUACCGCGUGGUGGUGUCCUUGCCAGUAAAGAGGAAAAAGCACCAAACAGCGCCUCAAACUGCCUGGCUCGUCACCACGCGCCGAAACACUUUUAUGGGCCAUUAUGAGUUGUGGUUUUUGGCCAGCUUCUCGCCCUCGUUCUGUCGUGUGAGAUGGGAGCUUUUUGUUUUUCGUUUAAACAUUUUUCCUUCCUGAUAGGCCAUUACAACCUGUUAGAGCUCGAUGAGCAACAGAAGAACAAGCCGCGCAAAACUUCCGUCAUCAAAAUUAAAGCCCAAACGAAAACCUCACGCCGCUGACGGUACAUUGUUGUCUUUUGGAUUUAUGGUGGCUUCAAAACAACUGCCGACCGAAAUCGUCAAUUUAAGUACCGCUGAAACGCGGCUCAGGGGAGUGUAAUUAAAUUUAACUAAUGCGAGACCCUUUUUUGUCUGUCUGUUGGUUUACAAACAAAAAUGGGUGGUUAUCAACAUCUUCAAACCUCAUCGAUCAAAUGGUUUGCAAUAAUAUCAAGCACCAAAAUCAUCAGAUUAGAACAGGGCUUUUUGGCCAAUAUGAGGAAUAGAGCCUUAAAGUAUGCAAUUCGAAUGACAAACAUCGGCAAUGUAUUAACUGACAUUGGUACCAAGUACCGCUUCCAUCCGAGAAAUUUUCAAUAGCUCUUGUUGUCUUAUGGCGCUCAUUUGGAACUCAUUUUGAAGAUAACGUUCAAAUGAGUGUCUGUGCAAUUGCGUUAGCAUCAAGAGAACACUGUCGUAUAUUUCUAUUCGUUCGGUAUCAAACUGGAAUUCUCACCAUUCUUGACGGAUUGGUUGGCAAAGCAAAGGAAGAACUUAUAAAUUCUUGCUGGGCCAAAUUUAGUUGAGUGCCGUACUCCUAGAAAUAAUUGAUUCUGUAAUUUUAAUCGUUAUUUAAUGUAUACAUUUAAUUCUUGUUUUUUGUCCAAUAUUUGUCUGAAGUUGAUCCAUCCAAGAAUAAGCCCUGCGUGCUUAUACAGCGCAAUUCAUGUGGUUAAUUAUUAAUAAUUUCUUUUAAAACUGAGCCUGCCACGCCUCCACAUGUGUGUGUGGAUGGCCUUGACUUUACGGUCUGGGUCGUCCGGUGCCACUCUCAUGGCAUGACAUGAAAUCACCAUACAGCUCAUAGAGCUCGUCAUUGUAAAGGAUCUUCUAAUUGUCUUUCCACACCUAAGGAAUCCCAAAAAUCCUUCAAAGCAUCUUCCCCUUGAACGCUGCUAAGAGGGAUUUGACAGUUUUGGACAAUGUCCAUGUCUCAGAUUCUGUGAUGUGAAUACUGGUACUAUAAAUGUUGUCUAUAGUCUCAGCUUCGUUACGUAGCUUAGGCUGUAAUAUGACCAGUAAGCAACCAGCACCCAUGAGCGUUACUCCACAUCAAUGAUGUUGUCUGUGCUAACUUUUAACCCCAGAUAGGUGAAGUUUGAACAUUCAACUAUCUGUAAAUCACCCAUGCGUAAAUCAGUGGCCAAGGUUUUAGUGCCGCUCGCUCGAUCCUUUGGUAAGCUUCUCCUACAUAGGAGAGCCUACUAAUACGAUCUGGAUUGACUUACAGAAGAUGAUUCGCGAAAUUUUCAUCUCUUAGUCACGGAUGGCUCAGCUGGGAUGGCUGGAUGGGAUUUGAAAGUGAAAUUCAAACAUGGCUUAGUUUGCUGUUACUUGUACAACAAAAUGAAAUAAAAUUACCAUCACUUCUUCUUGCUUUCCAUCUGUUUUUAUAUUGUUUACUCACUCCUGAUAUGGUUUCAUUCCAUUCGUUUAUUGAAAAACAACCGACCGACGAUUGUUACACAUCCCAAACCCCACACUGAGAAUGCUAGAACCGUUUUGAUAUGAUAUGGAUCCAGUCGCAGCACCUAUAUAAUAUCGUGAAAUCCCACUGACAAACCGUUUUUUGCUAUCAUUUCUACACCGAGAUGUAUCAGAUGACCUAGCGUAGAUAAAUGAAUAUAUGCAACCAUCCUCCCUAGGAUAAACUGAUGGUUAUGUUACCUAUAAUUGUACAGUAGAAUUACAAUAGUCUUGGAUACGUUGUCACCUGUACCGGAGAUUAUUUGAGGGCCACCAACACAUAGUUACGCUGUGCACGGUCAAACCAAGUCCAACCACGGUUCCCUACACUUGAUGAACAACCCCGAACAAAACAAACACUCACCACGUAAUACACCAAAAUUCCACUGAAUAAGACGCAGAGCAUGUAACGACGAACCACAAAACACCUCCCUCAACACAGAGACACAGAGCUCUUUAUUCAUUUCAAACUUCGAUCACGACCAUCACCUUCUCAACUCAUAAACACGGUGCCCUUCAACUUCAAGUAGAACUUACCGAAUAUGCGAAUAUAUGCGGCGGGAGCAUAGAAACCCACAAGCGAAAUUGGCCUUAAAACAAAACAUUAAUCGAAUCGAAACACGGUGAAACGAAACAUGGUGUGAAACAUUUUUUGCAUGGUAUGCGCCGUUUGUUUAAGUAAGAACGCUCUCUCUUACUCUUCAGGUAGGUCCGGGACGUGAAGGUCGGCGACAAGCGAUGCAAGAGACAAUUCUUCCCAAUAGGCAAGCGCGCGGAUUUAGCUAUCGUAAGGCACACGCGAUUACUGUAGAUACACGUUGAAAUUGCGGAACCAACCGGCUGGUGGGAGAGUUCACCGGUCUAACCCGCACAAAAACACAAGCCUACAUUGUCUACACGUUUUACAGUGAGGUUUUUUUUGAGGGGAGGGAGGGGGGAGGGGGAAUUGACCCAAGGGCUUUGCGAAGGCUCGACUCGAAAGGUGAACUGUUUAUGGAAUGAAUGGCGCACAAAGGCAAACUAAAAAUGAAACAAAAAAAAUUGAAAACCAAACCGGAAAACGCGGAAGGAAAUCAUUACAGGGGGAAAACUAUUUAACUAUUUUAAAUUUGGUAAAACGUACAGUGAAAAACAAAACAACAAGCAGCAAACACACAUCUCACACAAGAAAUGAAGAAAGAAAAAAAAUAGAAACAGAAGGAGAAGUGACAUACACUGUAUAAUUGUAGCUCGGUGCUGAGUAACCUAUAAAGCAAAACCGUAAAAAAAACCAUAAAGUGUACCGUGUACCAAGGUACCACAAGCACAACUGCCGAUAGUGGGAUAGCGUGAGAAACAAAAGAAAAACUAAACAAAAACAAGGAGAAACAAAACCAAGUACACCAUUAAAAGUAAUGAAGAAAAAGCAAAACAGAACAAAUUGGCAAACAAAAUAUGAAAAAUAGGAGAAACAAAAAGAAAGAAAAAAAGUAGCAAUAGAUAAUGGAAGUAGUAAAAAUUUAAUAUAAAAAAAAAACAAAAGGAAGCGCUACCAAACAAUCUCGUGAAACAAGAUGGGCUCGGUUGCUAGGAUCGUUUUAUUGAGUAAGCAAGCAACUAGAAGAGGAAAAAACACGGUUCAAUGUACAGUAGGGAGAUAUAGCUGUGCGUGUGUGUGUUUUGUUGACGAACAAAUAGAUACAAAAUGAAAAAAAGGCUAGAAAGUGGUGUCAAACCUGUUGUUUAGCAGUAGCGAAGCUAGAAACCCUGAAAUCCAAACCAAAAAAAAAGAACUAAACUCAAACAGACCGGUGGCGGCAAACGUUGAGAGUAAGUGCAUAAAGCAGCAAACAGCUAGAACGAACAAAUCAAACGUAACUAUCGAACAGUAGAUGACAGUAGUGAGUAAACUUUAUCACAAUUAACCCAGAUUGCGCCAUCCGAGCGAAGGAGAGAGAGAGGGCUCCAGCUGGCGUAUGGGGGAAAAAACUAUAAGCGAACCAAACUCAUUCCCGAGCUGUGUCUAAGUGAGAGAGCGAAGUCUAACACCUAUCUAGCCAGCCCUAAUAGCCCGAUAGCUCCUCUCACUGUGCAACCGACAACCGGCGGCGAAGGCCAUUUGCUGCAAGACAACAAAACCCCAAAAUGAAAUGACCCCUAACUACUAGAUAACAUUCCUUGUGGAGCCAAGCGACAGUGGAAGUAGGUGGUAGCUAAACUAUGGUUAUAGAUAUGUAUGCAACCGGAGCAUGAUACAGGAGCACCCGGCACGAACGAACGAACGGCCGCAAAACCAAACCAAGUAGAAACCGUUCCCGGCGGUACGUCCCACAGGCCGAGACGUGUGUACAUCUCUAACAUAAAUAUACUCAUAAAUAGCCCUAAAAAGGAGGGUGGGGGGGGUAAAGGGAUGGGGGAGGGAAGGACCCUCCCCUCCCUGUGUGGUGUGGUGCAACGUAACCACUGCAGUUUUGGGCUGUAUCGUUAUGACCUAAACAUCGUUGCAAACACUCACACACACACACAGACAGAAAUGUUAAACACACACGGGAUGGCGGUGUGACCAGUACUACGGUUUUAGUCUAUAAGUUAGGAAACACUUUUUUUCGCUCUUUUGUAAAAACAAAAACAAAACAAAAAACAAGAACAAGAACAACCCCCAAAACCCCCAAAAAGAGAAACCAAACGAACGUUGCGGUACGAACACUGGGUAAUAAUGGGCCUAGGUUGGUUGCCUGGUUGCCAGCCUGCGAAACCAGCGAACACGUAUUUAUAAAUCAAUUGACCGGAAGCUAGUUCGGUGGCGGUAGCGGUGAUGAUGAUGUUGGUGUUGUGCAGGGACAGGGGAAAAGCAUAGAAAUGAAAUCAAAUAAUAAAAACAAAAUACCGAUAAAAAA